UCCCAUCUCACUCAAACAUGAAGCUUCUAACCGUUCCAAUUUUCUUUUCAAUAUGUUCAUUUGUGAAAUGUUCUGUAAAUUCCGUGACUCCUUCAAUAAGCUCGAACGAAAUUUCCGACAACCGACUUAACAAAUCGCAAGCAAGUGAAAGUAAUGGUUCAGAAAAAUCCAGACAACCGGUGAAAUUAAACAUGAAACAGGGCUUACUUAUGAACCAACUUUUGGCGAUGUACACUUUAGGAGAGGAAUCUAAUCAGCUUUGUAAGGCGCAUUCCAAAGAGCUUAAUGUCGGACUGAGAGCUUUAGAGCCUUGGGCUUUGAAAAUGUUUGAUUCGUCUUCGAAAUUGCAAGCGGGAAUAUUGGAGGGGAACUUGUUUGAAUUCGGGGCUUUUCAGCAGUGUAUACAAAUUUACAGAGAUACCAACCAUGGGCCAAUUAGGGGCAAAUUCUGCUCGCUUAAAGUCAAGCCCGACAUGAAUCUCUUGCAAAAAAUUCUAGAGUUCCGAAAUGUUUCGAGGAGAAGAUUUUCAAAAGUGUACCAAUUCGUCAGCAACGCAGCCCUGGCUUGGUCCGUCUGCAUCCCCGACUCGUGCUCGACUCAAGACGUUUUCAGGCACUUUUCGAAAACGUUUUACAGUCUUUCUGAGGGUUUGAACGUCACGGUGUCGCUCCGUGACAAGGACUGUGUUACAAUUUUCGACGACAAGCCUUUGAGCGCGACAGAACUGUCGAUAAUCGUUUUUCUGCUGGGUUUCAUCGGCGUCGUUGCAGUUGCAUCCCUGUUGCAUAUUUUCUACUUCACUUCGGAUGAAGCAUCCAACAGUAAACUUGUGUCUGCAUUUUCGGCUUAUACAAAUUCCCGGCGCAUCUUCUCGAAUGGCCCCAAUUCCGAUCUGGAUUGUGUGCACGGAAUUCGAGUUUUGAGCACUUGUUACGUCGUGAUCGGCCACAGAUAUCUCAUGCUCAUGUUCUUUCCGGUUGUCAACAGUUUGAAAAUUAUGGAUUGGGUUUUGUACUAUAGGAGCACCGCCAUUACCGGAGGAACUCUUUGCGUGGAUACAUUUUUCAUGAUAAGUGGGAUGCUGGUGAGCGUGGGCUUUUUCAGCGAAGUGAAAAAAUCGCACGGAAUGAAUUGGGUGCUUUUUUAUUUGUACCGUUAUAUGAGGAUAACACCUCCCCUAGCCGUCGUUGUUCUGUGCUACUCUACGCUGGUCCAUCACUUAGGCUCAGGGCCGGUCUGGCACGAAAUGCUGGACAUUCUCCAGAAACCGUGCCAGGAAUAUUGGUGGGCCACCCUCCUGCACGUGCAGAAUUACGUGCAUCCGUUCCCCUUGUGCAUGACGCAGGCAUGGUAUUUAACAUGCGAUAUGCAAUAUUAUUUCCUCUCGCCGUUGAUCCUCGUCCCCCUUUGGAAAUGUCCGGUUUUUGGUUACAUCAAUUUUGUUUUGCUUUACGCUCUAUCAAUUGCGAGCAAUUUUUACUUUGCGUGGAUCAAUAGAUACGACGGUGGAGUUCCAGUGACAAACCAACUUUUCUCAACACACUAUUUCCAACACCAUUAUAUCGCCCCGCACACGAGGGCCGCCACUUACAUAAUCGGGCUGGGGGUGGGGUACACGGUCCACAACACCAAAGGGAAAACAAUCCAGAUUAAUUAUGCAACAGUUGCAAGUCUUUGGAUGCUUUCAAUUGCGACAAUGUUGGCUUCGUUGGUGGGUUGUCACACGUUUCAUGAGGAAUCGCACGAUUAUAACAGACUUGAGGCUGCGAUUUUUAUUUCUUGCUCGAGGUCGGCUUGGACUUUUGGCAUUGUGUGGAUGGUUUGGGCUUGUAUUCACGGAUAUGGAGGGCCGAUAAAUUACGUUCUCUCGUCGUAUUUGUUUCGAGUGCUGGGGCGGAUAAGUUACUCGAUUUAUCUGUUGCACAUGCUGAUGCAAUAUUUAAUGAGUGGUGCUGCGAAAAUGCCUGGUUAUUUUUCAGACUUCAGUGCUCUCUAUGCUGCUUUCGGUGACUUAUUUAUAAUGGUUGUAAUCGGAUUUGCCUUCACUGUCUGCUUUGAGCUGCCACUGAUCAGGCUCGUGACAAUGGCUUUAAAACAAGGACACGCAAAAGUUAACCCAAGUAAAGAAUAAAUCGCUAUUAAGAUUCUCGAGCGAUGACGAGCUUUACCACUUAAUCACUUUUGUUAUUAUGAUUUUUCUAAAUGUCGCUUGUUACAAGAGUGGAAUAAUUUAGCUUGAAAUUGUGUCUAUUUUUAGUAAUAAAUUGGAAAAGUUG